AUGGGUUCUCGCCAUUUCCCAGCCCGGACUGUUCUGUUUGAAAGAGAAACAAGUGGAGUGACAUACCGGGUGCCAGCUCUCCUCCACAUCCCCUGUGUUGCCAAGCUGUUGGCUUUUGCGGAAGAGCGACUGAGUGUUGAUGAUGCUCAUGCCAACCUCCUGGUGCUGAGAAGGGGCACCUUCUACAAGAAUUUUGUGGAGUGGGAAGAUAUGCGGGCCCUUGAGACUGCCACUCUGGCACACCAUCGAUCCAUGAACCCUUGCCCCAUCUACGAUGAGCUUACUGGCAUGGUUUUCCUAUUUUUCAUUGCUGUGCUGGGCAGGACCCCUGAAACUUUUCAGAUCAUUACGGGCCAAAAUGCUGCCCGCCUCUGCUACGUUUCUAGUUCUGACCAGGGCCUCAGCUGGAGCCAUGUGACUGACCUCACCCAGCAAGUUAUUGGCAUGUCCAUCAAAGAUUGGGCUACUUUUGCACUUGGGCCUGGCCAUGGCAUUCAGCUCAAGUCAGGCCGUUUGCUCUUGCCAGCCUAUGCAUACUACAUUGACUGCAAAGAGUGCUUUGGGAAACUCUGCAAAACCACUCCACACGCAUUUACCUUCUUCAGUGAUGAUCAUGGACAAAGCUGGCACUUUGGUGAAUCCAUUCCAAACCUGCAAACAGUUGAGUGCCAGAUGGUAUCUGUGGAUGAGGAGGAUGGCAGCAAUGUGCUCUACUGUAAUGCCAGGAGCCCCCUGGGCUUCCGGGUGCAGGCACUGAGCACAGAUGAUGGAGCAGUAUUUCAUGCAGGACAGCUGGUGCAGCGGCUGGUGGAACCCCCUCAUGGUUGCCAUGGCAGCAUCAUUGGAUUCCCAGCUCCACUUUACUAUCUGCAUCACAACUUUCACAGCAGCUUCCAAUGGGAAACAUGGUCCGUCAAAGGGCUGGGCUUUCUAUCACAGCCUGGAACAGAGGUGAGACACCAGAUAUAUCCUGCUCCAUCUACCAUGGCUCUCUACAACCAAUCCCUUUGCCAUCAACAGCUGCAGGAAAGGUCUGCAUCAUCUGGAACUACUAAUGCCUGCUGUGUGAACAUUCUUGGUCACACUUCCUCAGUUCCAUCAGGAACUGAUCAAGAAUGGCAUAAAACCAGAAUAACAUCCAAGUCAGACAUUUAUUUCCAAAUCCCAACAUGGGUGUUGUAUUCCCAUCCAACAAGUUCCCAAUCCCGAAUCAACCUAGGGGUUUACCUGAGCACAUUUCCCAGGGAUGCAGACAGCUGGACUGAGCCCUGGGUUAUUUAUGAAGGCCCUAGUGCCUACUCUGACCUGGCUUACAUUGAGCUGCCUUACUCCGAGUUCUCAAUCACUGGGAUCCCAGCCAUUGCCUUUGCCUGCCUCUAUGAGAAUGGGGUGAGGUCUCCCUAUGAGCAAAUCUCCUUCAGCAUGUUCACCUUGCAUGAAGUUCUUCAGAACAUUCCUCUGGCACCUUCUUCCCAGGGCAUGAAGCAAACAUCAUAUGAUAAAAAGAAAAGGGGAAAGAGCUGUAUUAUCACAUAAAGUUCACAAUGGAGGGCCUAACUAGAGAUGACACUAAACAAGAUGAUUAGAACCAUGACAUGGCCUUUCUUUCUUUCUUUCUUUCUUUCUUUCUUUCUUUCUUUCUUGCCUUUUUAGUCAUGGCCCUUCUU